GCUCCUUCAAAUCUCCCAUCAGGGGUCAACACGGUCGAGUAACGCCCUAAGCCAGGCAGAGCGAGCAGCAGCUAUGUCCUCUCCCGCACCUCCGCUGUCCAAAGGCACGGGCUAUGGCACCCUCGUGGGCCUCGGUGUCUUUUUCGCAAUCGUCGUCGUCGGCCUCUCGCAGGCCAUGAGGCGCUACGGCGGUCUCUCGAGGUCUUCGUCCGAGUACAGCAUUGCCAAUCGUUCGCUCGGCAUUGGUCUUUCGGCCAGCGCUGUCACGUCGUCGUGGUGCUGGAGCGUGACGUUACUCUCCGCCUGCAGCACUGCAUACAACUAUGGUGUGGCAGGUGCGCUCAUCUACGGAGCUGCCAACAUGGUGCAGAUCACCCUCUUCAGCGCCAUGGCUAUCCAGCUCAAGCGACGCGCCCCCACCCUCCACACCCACCUCGAGCUCCUCAGGAUCCGCUAUGGUACCGCUGGGCAUCUCACAUUCCUUUUCUUUGCGCUCGCUACCAACAUCCUUGUCGUCUCGUCGAUUCUCGUCGGUGCAGCCGCGGCCAUCAACAGUAUUGCAGGCGUGAACGUCUAUGCGUCCCUCUUUAUCCUCCCCACGGCCGUCGCUGCCUACACCCUGACAGGUGGUCUCAGGAGCACAAUCUUGGCCGACUACCUGCACACGGUGGUCAUUUUCAUCAUCAUUUUCGUUCUCUUCUUCAAGACGUACGCCACGUCCGAACUCAUCGGAUCUCCCGCGGCGAUGUACCGUCUGUUGCAGCAGGCAGCUGCCAAGAACCCUUCGGACAACUACCAAGGUUCUUUCACGACGCUCAAGAGCUUGGGCGCCAUCAAGUUCGCUUGGCUCAGCUUCCUGGAGUACCUCGGCGUCGUCUUCAACGACGCUUCGUUCCACCAAAAGGGUAUUGCAGCCAAUCCUUCUGCAACAGUGCCCGGCUAUGUCAUCGGAUCCCUCUCCUGGUUCACCAUCCCUUGGACGUUGGCAACCACGGCCGGCCUUGUCGCACUGGCCCUAGAGACAGUCUCGCCCACAUUCCCCACGUUCCCCUCGAGAAUGUCCAAGGAGGAAGUUUCGGCCGGCUUGGUCCUUCCGUACGCGGCCCAGGCCAUUCUCGGAAAGGGCGGCAGCGCGGCAGUGCUGCUUCUCAUGUUCAUGUCUUCCACCUCGGCCAUCUCUGCACAGCUUAUUGCCGUCUCGUCCAUCUCGGGCUACGACCUGUACAAGACCUAUUUCAACCGCAACGCAAAGCCCGACCAGAUUCUCCGCGUGCAGCAGUGGGGCGUCAUUGGGUUCUCCCUCUUCAUGGCCGCCUUUGGCUCUCUGCUUCACGGUGUUGGAGUUGACCUCAACUUCCUCUACAACAUCACCGGCGUCUGGUCCACGGCUGCCCUGCCUCAGAUUGUCUUCAGCUUCUUUGGCGACCGCCUCCCCACCUGGGCCGUCUUUCCUGGUAUCUGGAUCGGCUUCGGUGCUGGUCUGGCCGUCUGGCUCUCUCUGGCGAACCGGCUCGGCGGUAGUGUCUCGCUGGCCACCCUCGAGCUCGUUGAGGUGGACCUGUACACGUUCACGACGUGCAUCGCCACGGGCAUCCUUCUGUGCACCAUCGGCAGCAUUCUGACGCCCAAGAAGAUUGACUGGAACAACCUCUGGCAACACCGCUACGAAGGGUCUGGAGACGAAAAGGAAAUCGCAGCAAUCGAGGCCGACCAGCGUUUCUCGGACAAGAACCUCAAGAAGUGGCUCUUCAUCUCGGGCAUUGCUUCCGUCAUUAUUUUCUGCGUGUUCCUCCUCAUCUGGCCCCUGUCGCUCUAUCGCGACUACAUCUUCACCCAGUCCUUUUUCACUGGCUGGGUCAUCGUCUCGGGCAUCUGGGCCUUCUUGGGCUUCUUCGCUGUCGGCCUGUUCCCCAUCGUCGAGGGUAUCCCGACAUACAGGAUCAUCUUCCACAACAUCCUCUAUCGCCUUGGAAAGCGUGAUGCGCCCCACGAGGGUAUCAAGAAGGAGCAGCCAGAGGUCAAGGGCGCCCGACAACUUGAAUCGAGCGGUAGCUCUGCCACGGCUGGUCAAGGCGCGAAGGUGCAAGAGGGAAAGAGUGCGGACAGCAGCGACCUCCCCUCCCCAGACGAGAAGAAGCCUCAGGUUGCUGCUUCCACCAGCAGCAGCGCUUGAUCAACAUGACAAAAAGGAUUACCAUCUUCUCCUGAAGUUGCGUAGAGAUAGAAAAAUGCCUUUCUCUCCUGUGAAAUAUUCCCCUUCGUUCACUGCUUCAGCGCAGGUGUGAUACCUGCGCUGCUAUUUGUGCCCACUAGAGUAGAGUAGAGUAGCCGUAAA